CUCUCUCCACAGCUUGAGUACUCUCUUCUGGUUGUCACACUAGCAGCAAGGUUAGUCCCACGUGUGGGUAGCAUAGCUUAGCAUAGCCUAGCACAGCACAGGCUCCGACCACAUAUUUUUGGAAAGGAUUAUUGUGCACUUUUUUUGGAAGGGGUUGUGGAAAUGCAGGGAUGAAUAGUUUCACAGCCGCAUGCUGGGGAGUCACACUGAGAGCAGGCAGCAGAAAUGGUGGCCGGUCGGACAGUAACUAAUCAGGAUUGCAUUGUUGAAAAGAAGCCGUCUUAAAAAGUGAAUAUUCCCGCAGAAUGCUGAGCCCCGUUGUGCCCUAUAGCCUGUUGAAGAUGCACUGGACACCAGAGCAUGCCCAGCCACUCAGCCAGUGGCCCGAACAGCACCUGGACGUCUCGUCCACUACCUCCUCCCCGGCCCACAAGUCCGACAUUUACCAAAGUAGCCGGCAGCGCAGCAACUACGCCUGGGCCAACGACGACAUCUCGGCGCUCACAGCCUCCAACCUCCUCAAGAGGUACGCAGAGAAGUACUCCGGGGUCCUGGACUCCCCCUACGAAAGGGGCAGCUACCCCGAUGGACCGUUUGGGCCACUCAACGGACAGAAGAGCGAGUCAGAGCCGUGGCAGAUGCCCCACGGCGCGGAGGGCCCCUACCCGAUCACCCCGGCGCACGACGGCCUGCCCGGGUCCAAGACCCCAGCGGGGACUCCUGGGGCCCCGCCUGGGACGGGCAGCUCCUCGGUGGGGAAUGGUAACCUCUCUGACCCCAGCGGCUACACCGCGGUGCUCGGAGGGCCGGCAUCUCAAGAGUACACCUCUCCGUACAACGGGACUUACCUCUCCUCGGGGUACUGCACCCAGCCCAGCACAGCACUUCCUCCUGCCCACCCCUCAGCCCUCCAUACCUCAGGACUACUGCAGCCUACGCACCCGCCGCCCAGUCUGAUGCCAGGGUAUGGCUCUCCGGGCUCCAUGUAUUCCAACUACCCUCCGAGCGGCUACCCGUCCCAGCCGGGUCUCGGGCCUGGCUACUCCGGGGUCCACCCUCCACCGCCCUACCUCCCGUCCGGGAUCGCAGCCCCGACUCCCCUGCCCCCUUCCUCCAGGGCGCCGGGGGUAGUGGGAAGCUACGGCUACCAGAGCCACAAUCUGACGCCCCUCCCCUUGGUUCCCGACGCGGGUGGGGGUGGCGGCAGCUCCCUGAAGCGCAAAGCCUUCGAAAUGGUGGUGGAGGAGGAGGACGGCUCUCGCUACAGGAAGUACGGCUACGAGCAACCCAAGACUACCUCUGGUUCCCCCUAUCACCUGUCAGAGAAGGGGGCCAACGACUGUAGAGGCAAUGGCUUUGGUGCCAGCGGAGAGGGACAAAGUUACAAGUCCGCGAAGACGCCGCAGCAGCCGCCAGCCGUCAUGGUGGAGGAACAUGUGGGCAAGUACGGCAGCCAGCCCAUGAAGGCUAUGGUGUCUCCCAGCUACAGCAACGCCGGGGAGUACAGCCCUCCGCUGAUGACCGGGGGGAACGCCGGCUUCACGCACCGGAUGCAGGUCGCCUUCAAGCUGCCGGGCUCCUGCGGCCAGUCCGAGGAGCUCCUGAAGAGCGCCGACCCACGGGUGGUGGAGCUGGUCACCAACGAGAUCGUGGACUGCGGGCCGCCCGUGCAGUGGAGCGACAUCGCCGGACAGGUGCAGGUCAAAGCUGCCAUCGAGGAGGAGCUGCUGUGGCCCAUCCUGAGGCCAGGGGCUUACACAGCAGUCAGCCGGCCGCCCAAGACCAUCCUGCUCUUCGGGCCCCGGGGAGGGGGCAAGACGCUGCUGGGCAGGUGCGUGUCGACCCAGCUAGGGGCCACGCUCUUCAGGGUCAGCGGGGCGGCCCUGGUCUCCAAGUGGAAGGGCGACGGGGAGGAGAUCCUGAGGACUGUCUUCCUGAUGGCAGGGUGCCGGCAGCCCUCGGUGGUCUUUGUCAGCGAGGUGGAGUCUCUGCUCUCGGGGGAGGAGGAGGGCGGCCUCAAGCCCCAGCUGCUCUCUUACCUGGAGGCUCAAGGCGGGGGGACCGGCGUGGUGGUAGUCUGUUCCACGCGGCGUCCAGACGACCUCGAUGAAGCCGCACACAGGAGGUUCGCCAAACACUUCUACAUCUCCCUGCCGGACAGCGGGGUGCGCAGGCAGAUCCUGCACCACGCCCUGGCCCAGCAGAGCUGCUGCCUCAGCGAGAGGGAGAUCGUGUCCGUGCUGCAGCGCACCGAGGGAUACUCAGGGAUCGAGCUCGUCCAGCUCUGCCAACAGGCCGCUGCCUCCGCGGGGCAAAUCCACGGGCUGCCCGGCCAGCUCCAGCCAACCUCCUACAAGGACUUUGAAAGCGCUUUCUGUAAAGUGCGUCCCAAUGCCUCCCAAAAGGAGCUGGACAUGUGCGUGGAGUGGAAUAAGAUGUACAGUUCAAGCCAAUGAGGAGGAUAUAUCACUAUCUAUCUGUUAAAGACGGAUGGAUCCAGUUUUUGGGUAGGCUGGGUCGCAACACUUUUCUUUUUGUUUAGUACUUAUAUUUACAGCCAAAAAAUU